CGCCUGCGUAGGGUGAGGCCGGACUCUAGCUGCUAAGCGUGCGGCGGCGGCGGCGUUCUCUACCCGGCAUGCUGCGCGGGAGCGCCGGCCGUACGUCGACCCCCUUCCCAGCCCUGCCCCCUCUCCCCUCCGGCCGUGGCCCCCCUUCCCUAAAGUGAGUGAGUCGGGCAGAUGGAGGAGGGACUGUAAUGGCGGCGGCCGGCAGCUCUCUGCUCUGACCCAAGGCAGGCGUACAGCAACGACCCCCUUCCCGCCCCUCUCCCAUCCGGCCUCCGCCCCGCCGCCAGCGCGGGGCCACCCUCCUCGGCUCUUCCCCCAGCCGUAGGCGUCUCGCCCUGCGCCCCGGCCGGGGCUCCACACACAAUGGACGAGCUCGCCGGAGGCGGUGGUGGCGGGCCGGGGAUGGCGGCCCCUCCGCGGCAGCAGCAGGGUCCUGGGGGGAAUAUGAGCCUUUCGCCAGCGGGGAAUGGAGCGGCGGGCGGCGGGAGUCCUCCGGCUGCAGAGGGAGCGGGUCCCGCGGCAGGCCCCGAGCUGUCCCGGCCGCAACAGUACACUAUCCCGGGGAUUCUGCACUACAUUCAACACGAGUGGGCUCGGUUCGAGAUGGAGCGGGCGCACUGGGAAGUGGAGCGGGCCGAACUGCAGGCUCGGAUAGCAUUUUUGCAAGGAGAACGAAAAGGUCAAGAAAACUUGAAGAAGGAUUUAGUAAGAAGAAUAAAGAUGUUAGAGUAUGCAUUAAAACAAGAAAGGGCAAAGUAUCAUAAAUUAAAAUAUGGCACAGAACUGAACCAAGGUGAUUUGAAAAUGCCAGCCUUUGAAUCAGAAGAAACCAAAGAUACAGAGGCUCCCACAGCACCUCAGAAUAGCCAGUUAACGUGGAAGCAAGGCAGACAGCUAUUAAGACAAUAUCUUCAGGAAGUAGGUUAUACAGAUACAAUAUUAGAUGUACGGUCUCAGCGGGUAAGGUCAUUACUUGGACUAUCCAAUUCAGAACCAAAUGGAUCAGUAGAAACAAAGAAUUUAGAACAGAUCCUGAAUGGAGGUGAAUCUCCUAAGCAAAAAGGACAAGAAAUUAAAAGGUCCUCUGGUGAUGUUCUGGAGACAUUCAAUUUCUUAGAAAAUGCUGAUGACAGUGAUGAAGAAGAGGAAAACGACAUGAUUGAAGGCAUCCCAGAAGGAAAAGACAAACAUCGGAUGAAUAAACACAAAAUAGGUAAUGAAGGUUUAGCUGCUGACCUUACUGAUGAUCCUGAUACUGAAGAAGCACUGAAAGAAUUUGACUUUUUAGUGACUGCUGAAGAUGGUGAAGGAGCUGGAGAAGCAAGGAGUUCAGGGGAUGGCACAGAAUGGGCUGAACCAAUUACGUUUCCAUCUGGAGGAGGCAAGUCAUUUAUUAUGGGUUCUGAUGAUGUUUUGUUAAGUGUACUGGGCCUUGGAGACCUUGCAGACUUGACGGUAACAAAUGAUGCAGACUAUAGUUAUGAUUUGCCUGCCAAUAAAGAUGCCUUUCGAAAGACAUGGAACCCCAAGUAUACACUGCGUAGCCAUUUUGAUGGAGUGCGGGCAUUAGCUUUUCAUCCUGUAGAACCUGUGCUGGUUACUGCCUCUGAGGACCAUACUCUGAAACUUUGGAACUUGCAAAAAACAGUUCCUGCCAAAAAGAGUGCCUCUUUAGACGUAGAGCCUAUCUACACAUUUAGGGCCCACAUUGGUCCUGUUCUAUCAUUAGCUAUUAGUUCUAAUGGAGACCAGUGUUUUAGUGGUGGUAUUGAUGCAACCAUCCAGUGGUGGAAUAUGCCUAGCCCUAAUGUGGAUCCGUAUGACACAUAUGAGCCAAAUGUUCUAGCUGGCACUUUAGUUGCUCAUACAGAUGCCGUCUGGGGUCUUGCUUAUAGUGGCAUAAAAAAUCAAUUACUGUCUUGUUCAGCAGAUGGCACCGUUAGGUUAUGGAAUCCACAAGAAAAAUUGCCUUGUAUUUGCACUUACAAUGGAGACAAGGGUAAGGAAGUUGGAAACUGUGAGAAUUGUGGAGAUGAUAAGAAAUAUCCAUGGAAAGUGAGAGAGCCAAAUGUUCUAGCUGGCACUUUAGUUGCUCAUACAGAUGCCGUCUGGGGUCUUGCUUAUAGUGGCAUAAAAAAUCAAUUACUGUCUUGUUCAGCAGAUGGCACCGUUAGGUUAUGGAAUCCACAAGAAAAAUUGCCUUGUAUUUGCACUUACAAUGGAGACAAGGGGUUUGAAUUUUAUUGCAUUGUCUUCCUUUAUUUUUCAGGUUUACAAUACAAUAAUCACAUUAACAGAGUGGUAAGUCAUCCUACACUUCCUGUUACAAUAACUGCUCAUGAAGAUAGACAUAUCAAAUUUUUUGACAAUAAAACAGGUAAAAUGAUCCAUUCUAUGGUGGCUCAUUUGGAUGCUGUUACAAGUCUAGCAGUAGAUCCUAAUGGAAUCUAUUUGAUGUCUGGAAGCCAUGACUGUUCUAUUAGAUUGUGGAAUUUGGACAGCAAGACAUGUGUGCAGGAAAUAACAGCACAUAGGAAGAAAUUAGAUGAAUCAAUUUAUGAUGUUGCUUUCCAUCCAUCGAAAGCAUAUAUUGCCAGUGCAGGGGCUGAUGCCCUUUCCAAAGUAUUUGUGUGAACCAACAAAAACUCGACAUUAUAACAACAGAUUUGCUUGAAGAGAAAGAGGGUCUGCAUCACUGCCAUCAAAAAGGUUACUGAUACGACACUACAUGCGAUCUGCCUGGUGAAGGCUCUUUGGGGCAAGCAUAAAUUGGUGGAAAUCACAUCUUAAUGUCGGGCUCAUUAAUUUAAUUGUAACUUACUAUAUUUCAUGGGACAAAAAGAGGACUCCAUUAUUUGUACUGGAUAGAACUGAGUGUAUGUCUGUUUUUUAGGUAUCUUUAAGCCAAUGUGGAAUCUAAUCUUACAAAAAAGACUUCUAUUUUGGACUCUGUGUGCUGCCUUAGGGUUAGGAAUGUGGUGCUCUUGUUGGGGGAAGUGAGCUCCAAGAGUAGCUUUUUUUUUCAUCUCUUAGUGAUCUUCUGUUUAUCAGUUGAAUGCCACAGAUACCCUUUUAAACUUAUUUUGCUUUAAAAAAAAGAAAGAAAAUUUAACUUAAAAUAUUUUAGCAUUAGUUGCAUAAAAUGUUUGGAUAAAAUUCUAGUUUUUAUAAGUCUUUUUAUAUAUUUAGCCUGUCACAACAGUGCUCAAGAUUGUAUUGAAGUUUUUCUGCAUUAACAACCCUAAAACACAGAGAUCUCACUGACCCGCUGCCAUGUAGCCACACUUGUUCCUUCUUUUGCCUAAUACAGCUCAGCUAAGUCCUUCCAUAAAGAUGCUACAUCACCUUCAUCAUCACGUAAUUGUCUUUGUAAACCAAGGACUAUUACAUGUAUUAAGAUAAAACAGUGGGGUUUAAUACUCCAAAUGAAUUCUUAAAAACUAAUCUUGGCAUCCUAUCACUAUGUGAUAUUUUGUACAUCUUACUGUAUUUACAAGUUUAUUUAUCAAGGAUUAUCCAUCUUGCUAAUAGCCUAUUAUUUAUUUCACUUUCUUUUGGCCUUUAUAUCCUUUUAUUAAUGUGCUAAAGGAACCUGUAUAUCUAUUUUGGGACUCUUUAAAUAGUCUAAAAUAGACUAAAAAUGGAAUAUUUUAUAGUUUGAGUUACAAACCAGGGAGAUUCCCCCCAUUACAUAUCUUGGUUUACCAUGAUUCCAAACAAAAAUACUUUGUUUAAAAAUAUUUGGAGUAAAAUUUUAUUUGCGUUACAAACAGGAUACAAAAAUAGUUGAAUCAGGUUACAGAAAUCUGUGUUUGGACCGGUUAUCCCUGUUUUAUUUUUUCAGAUGUGCUUAAUUUUAUGGUGUAACUAAAGAUUUUGUUUGUGUAAUGCAUGAUUAAGACAAUAAAGUAUUUUUUCUAGUCUUCCCAAAAAAAUUUUCUGAUCAGUUUGCAAGUUUUGAUGAGUUUUGUAAGGUUUUGUUUUACAAACUAUGAAUCAGCAAAUUUUUAUUGUACCACAUAGCAAACGUACAUCUGUUGAAAAAUAAUGUAUAUAAAAUGCAUAUAAUAAAUAUUAAAUUGUGUACCUGUAUGUUACUGUUGGCUACAUUAUUUUGUGUUGAAUAAAUAUAAAGUGCAAUACUUGACUCUCCAUCAUUAAAAUAGGAAAUGGAGAUGAUUUCUCAGUGAGUCUUUAAUUUUUAUGCUGUUCUUUUAAAUUUUGUACUGCUAUUGAUACUCUAAUAUGAUUAGAUCAGUUAACACUAUUAAGAAUGCCUUUUAAAGUAUUUCAUCCCAUUUGGGUAUUUAAAAAAAUCUUCUAUUGAAAUAAGAUAAUUUGAAAUAACCGAAAAGAUUCAGAGAUGCAAUUUUAAGUUAUUUCCUUAGACAUCCUAUUACUUUAUUAAAUCUGAAUUUCAUUUAAUAGUGUUGUCAUUCCUGUCUGCCCAUACUUGUUUCCACAAAAAAGUUCAACAGAGAAUAAAUUGCUUUAUUCGUUAAUUAAAAGUUGUCCUUACAAAUGUUAAGUAUUAAUAUUAUGAAACUGUUCCUUCAACAAGGUAAAUAACCUUUGAAGGUAAUUGCAAGUGAAUUAGAGUUAGAAAACUUAGGUGGCAAAAUUGUUUGCUGCAAAAAAAAGAAAUUUUUUUAUGCUGUGUGUACAUUGAGAAUUUUUGUUAUUUUACAUAAAAAUCCAAGUGGCAGUUUUAGUCAUUGUGAAUGAAACAAAUUUUUCAGAAAAUACUAGUUUUUUGGUUUUCUGAAGAUUUAACUUAAUGAACAAAUUAAAGGGGUAAUUUUCUCUUUCUCCUAUGUUUUUUAAAAAGUAAUUAAAAAGAAACUUUCCAAAGCUAGUAUUUCUGGCAGCUAUUCCAAACCAGUGCAUUACUGUUUAACUUAAAUGUGAUUAUCAUCAUGGCAAUGCAUAAACAUUCACCUCUUUUGGAAUGUAUUAAAACUGAAAUGAAUAAAAAUUAGUAUAUAUGUUUAUUUUUCUCCUACCUACCUUGGUUGUGUUUUUUUCUCUACAAUAUUAAACAUGUGGAAGAUACUGAAAGGAUGCAAAAAGAAUGUCUAAUUUUUAUUUGUGUGCUUCCAUUUGUGACUUACAGGAAAUUAGAUUGGACUAUAAAUUGGUGCUUAUAUGUAAUGUAAUGUUAAAGAAUAUUUUUAUAUAUGAACUUUAAUGUGUUGGCUUUCACAGUAAUCAUAUUCUCCCUUUUUCAUAUUUUAUUCGUGUACUUAUAUUUCAAAGUAAAUUAUCCACUGAAGACCAGUAUCUCAUUUAACAUGUUAAGGUUAUAAAUGGGCUGGCAUUUUUGAAAUAGGUAUGCCUGCUAAAGUUGAAUGACAUUGUUUUAGAAAUCUUAUUCCAUAUUCUUUUGUUAACCCUUUGUUUUAUGUUUACUUACCCAAAAUAAUUGAUAUUAACCUAAUAAAGUGCUCAUUUCUGCUUU